AUUACCCUCAUGGUUGAUUCAAGAGGUGAUGCUACUGGGAGAAAUAAGAUUCUUGUCACUCGUAGGUUGUGAAGGCUUAAGUACAGGGCUGUAGCCUUUUUGCUGCCAUUUGAAAAAUUGUCACAAAACCCCCUCAAAAUGUUCUUGUCUCUCUCAGGAUACUCUGGAAAAUCUGGCCAUGGAGGAAAUUGACCAGUCCAAUGCCGUGCUGUUUAUACACUAUGACCCUGACACAAAGAUGAUUUAUUUGGCUGGCAAGGGAGACAGCAUCAUCAGGUAUUAUGAACUGGAUAAGGAAUCUCCACACUGUCAUUGGUUGACCAAUUAUAGCACCAAUGUACCCCAGCGAGGUGUCUGUUUCAUGCCAAAACGUGGUUGUGAUGUCUCUCUCAAUGAAGUUGCAAAGUGCUUUAAGCUUGUUGCCAAAGGAUACUGUGAACCAGUCAGUUUUACAGUUCCAAGGAAGUCAGAACUUUUUCAAGAGGACCUGUUUCCAGACACACAAGGCGAUGAACCAUCUCUUUCUGCUUCCGAUUGGUUAGACGGAAAAGAUGCAGAACCGAAAAAGAUUUCCUUGAGGCCAGGAGGAGAUGGAGCUGCAAAGGCUGCCAAGAAACCCAAAAAGGGGCUAGGUGGGCUUGGUAAGAUGGCGCCAAAGAAAAAAGAGGCAAAAGCUGAUGAUGAAGAAGCGGAAUUGAUCGAGACAGUGAAGCAGCUUAAACUCAAGGUGGAGGAACAAGAAAAGCGAAUCAAAGCUCUGGAGGACAAAGUUGGACACUGAGAAUUAGACUUAAACUUGAAAGAAUGGCUCAACAAUGAAGUUUCUAAGCUACUAGAGUUUAAAAUUGUACCAGUGGUGUUCUGAAGCAGCUUGGUUGUUAAGUUUGUAAGCAUGAGAACUGUAUUUUUCCAUUUCAAAUAAUUUUUAUUAAAAUGUUAUUGCUAUUGAA